GCCGUCUGUCCGAUUCUCAACGAGUGCGCCAGGCACGUAAACGGUUGUACCGGUGUGCGGUGUCUGCCUGAACGUUAGUGCCUGUGUAUGCGUGUCUUCUUUGUGGCAUCACACGUCAACUAUACACUGAACGUCACUUCUGGCUGCUCUCUGCGAAGCGACAACAUGCUGGCAGUUGCGACGGCGGUUGUUUCUGGACUUGGACGACUUCGGCUUGCCGACCAGUGAGCACUCUUACCGUGUUAUUUCGGCAAGACUUCCCCAGCAUGCCGCUACCCUCGGUCAACGCUAGUGCACGCGCGUUUCUGCGGGCUGCCGCUCGAUCAACGCAGAAGAGUCUGCCUCCACGCCCUGCUCGCUUGUAGUGGUCGUUCCUGGCUGCUGCCUGCGAGGUGACAACACAUGCUGGCAGUUUCAGUGACAGUUACGGCGAGCCUCGAGAGACUUCUGCACUUCUCCUGUUCUGACAGACCGUCUACGGCAAAGAAAAAGUGGCGUGAGUUGUCUGCUAUCGUCGACAGAACUGCUGAAUAUCUCUGGCAACAUGCGCUUCUACAACUACGUGCCAUUACUCCAAAGAAGAAACCCCUGCCGAGGAACAAUGUGCACCGUAUCGGAGAUGUGACGCUUCCAGAAAAGGUGCAGCAUGUGUUAGCCCUUGGGCCGAAGUUUGCCGUGGAACCUCGAAAAUCGCCGCACGAACUUCUCACCCUUGUUAGGCAAGUUGCUGGACGUGCCCCGGACACCAAAUCUGAAAGUCCUGCAGAGAUUUCGCCGACGGGGCCUUAGGUCUCCCACGUGGGUACGUCGAGGUGUUGCCUCGCCGCCGCCUCGCGGGCCUGCUGGACGGCCCGGAGUUGGUCACCGAGGCUGGAGCUGCGCAAGGCAGCGGCCCACCGCGGCGGAAAGUUUCCGGAGUUAGCACCGUUGCACACCUGGAACCUCCUGCCAGCUGCGGAAGAAACGGCGAAGGCAAGAGAUGGAAGAGCAAGACGGCGAGAACAAGGUAAAAGCAGGAGCCAAUGUUUCAACGAUACAAGUGGACAGUCCACUUGUCGAAACGUUGGCUCCAGCUUUUACAUUGUUCUCGUUUUGCUUCGGCCAGCUGCUAUGUCCACGCAAGAUGAUGAUGCUGUGCCGAGCACGGUCUUGGGGCACCUAAAUAUAUCGCCGAGUUUCUGCUAGACCCAAAGGAGUUCUUCCCUAACUCCAAGAUUAUGGGUCUGGUAUCCGCUGUUAAACCCAGCGUCCUGGUCCUAGUGCCAGACACAGUUGCAUACUGCAAGGAAGAAAGAUAAGGUCAUUCAGCAAGCUGUUGAAGGAGAGUGCUGUCCUAGAAGAUUUAGAUUUGUUUGUAGUCGCCGUCGAAGUGGAACACGACACGUGGGUGGCGACGCUCAUGUGGAUUACUGAACAACCCGAGCACUCACCAGUCGAGCAGAGCGAAAGUGCAUUUCACAAUGCCCUCGCUCUCCCCAUGAGCUAAAUGACCACUGGCACUCGUGACCUCGAAGCGGGAGACCUCGGCAUCUUCAACUAAUCUAACAAGUUCUGCUCCGCAGCUGACGUUGACCAUUCAGUCGUGGUUUACCUGCAGAGCAAGAUAAUACUCAAGGCCGUGAACGACAACAGCACUCUGUACGAAAUGCAGGAGCCGGAGGGACGCAGGAACGUGCAGUUGUUCACAUUCUGCAGAAACAAUGUGCCCCACUUCGCGGCGAGAGGAGGUGUGCUACCGCCUCAUGUGGCAGCAAGAAAGGGCGUCAAACGUGCACCAAACAAGUCUCUCAGAGUUUGGCCUGCUGCUGAAGGCCAGUACGGCGCAGCAAGACAUCCCUGCAGCGCCGGGCAAACUCAGCGAACUAGCUGACUGGCCCAUCACCACCCUCAGGUCCUGCCACCGGCAAUGCUGCCAUGAACGGGAAAUCCACGGCAGCUGGGCCCACCCUGGAGCCUACAGUCUAUCUCCUCUCGGGCAGGAAGGACACAGUGAUGCAAGUCUUUCACUCUUCAGCCACUGUGGAAGGCAGAGAGGGGCAGACUAUCCAGGAGGUGACGGUCACUGUGGACUGCUUCUACAGGGACAGCAGGACGGUCUUGAGCAAGCUCAACCAAGUUCUCCACAAAAGGGACAUCGUCAACAUCGACUACAGUCGAACCCCGAUAUAUGAAACAUCUCGAUGAUCGCGAAAUGGUUUAUUAUAGGCAGAAUUGGAUAUAUAAAAUCAUGUCAAACAUGUGUAAAGAACUUGUACAAAUCAAUCAAUGAACCAUCUUACAUGAAUAGAGGUAGUGGAUUUUCGGCUGGAAAUAGCAUUUCCAGUCGGUAACUUUCCAUGGACAGUUAGAAAUCAGAUUUUCCAGCUGGAAAUUGACCUUACUCCUGCCCGAAACAAGAUUUUCAAAUGAUGUUUCUGGGUGGUAAUCGCACUUUCUUUACUGGGGCUCCCCAUAACUGGCCGGAAAUAAUUUUCCAGCUGGAAACUAAACCUGCUGCAGCUAUGUGACCAGACAUUCCAAGGUGAAAUUGCCAGGAAUGGCUGGCAUAUUUAAUGUAUUUGAUAUAACCUUUUCGGCUGUCUUUACGAAUGAACCUAACCGUAGUGAAACAGGCUGUUUUCUGUUGGUUUACCUGAAA